UCCACCAAAAGAAACAGAGCUUCACUGUUUGAGUUGACUUGGGACCUGAGUUUCGAAGCGGCGCCGUGAUCGUAACAGUAGUUAUGGAGUCCAUGGAAGCUCCUUCUCCAGCUUUUCAGUCUCCUUCUCGUUCCAGUCAGCAAUUGCAUUUCUACCUCGCCGUGGAUCGUCCCCAAUCCAAAAUGGAGACGGUGGUGGAGUUACUCGGAGUGCUAGGUCGUCGUCCGUGGCUUCCCAUUGUGGUAUGUUGCAGCUCUCGCGAUGAGCUCGACGCCGUCUGCUCUUCCUUAUCCACUCUUCCUUUCAUCUCCUUUGCUGCUUUGUACAGUGAUCUGGGAGAGAGAGAACGAGCUUCGGUUUUAGAGAAAUUCCGACAAGCAACAAUCAACUGGAACCAGCACCUUAACUCGGCAGUAGUAGUAGAAGAAGGUUUAGAAGAGAGUGAAACCAGAGAAGAAGAAGAUGAAAAGAAAUCUCAUUUGGUGGUUGUGACUGAUGUUUGUCUUCCGAUGCUUUCAUCUGGAGAGUCUUCUCUUUCCUCACGAGUUCUCAUCAACUACGAGCUUCCUACUAAAAAGGAAACUUAUACUAGGCGUUUAACAUCUUGCUUAGCUUCAGGUGGGAUUGUUAUAAACAUGGUUGUUGGAGGUGAAGUAACCACUCUUAGAAGCCUUGAAGAGAGCAGCGGCAUUAUCAUCGCAGAGAUGCCAAUCAAUAUUUCUGAGAUCUUAUAACAAUGCAUGGUUCCUACGAUCUGAAGGACUGUCUAUUUGUUCAUGACUUUUCUAGAGACAUCAAUAUUUUGUGCUGAUACACAUAAGCUGCCUGUCUCUCUGCUGCACUUUCAGCUAUUGGCUUGAUCACUUUUGUCCAUUUUGACAGUUUUAUUCAUCUCGGAAGAAUUUUUCUUUUUUACAACAUUUGGAUAAAGGCAUAAAUAAAUCAACUGUGCAAUAGUGGACAUGUGAUUGUGAUUAUUCCGUAACUAUCAAAUUCAUAAUCUUGUCUGAUUUGUUUUA